AUGGCUGAGAUCAACGGAACUAUUGUUGCGAUUCCGCCCCCAGACGACUAUGUCGUCGACUUUGACAAUCCUCAGCGCAACUCGGUCGCAGCCACGUACGCCGUGAGCAGCGUUGGAAUAAUCGCAGCCUUGAUCUUCCUGCUCCAGAGACUCUACGUCAAGGCAUUCAUUCGAAACAAACUCGGCAUCGAUGACGCUCUCUUGGUCCUCGCCUGGCUCGGGUCGAUCGCGAUUCAAGUCCUCACCCUGCGCUCCUUCAUCGAGGGUUGGAUGGGAGUCCACGCCUGGGAAAUCUCAUUCGACAAGUUUCAGAAAGCCAUUUUCUGGGCCAACUACAUCAACUCGAUCGUUUACACCAUCCCGACAUGUUUUUCCAAACUCGUUAUUCUGAUGUUCCUGCUCGAACUCAGUGGCAACCAGAACUGGUAUCGAUGGACAGUCUUCGCUACAAUGGGUAUAGUCGGCGGUACGGGCAUUGGCAUCUUCUUCGCGUCCAUCUUUCCAUGCACGCCGAUGCGGAAAGCAUGGGACCUUACCAUGGCCGCUGAUGUGGGCUCUUGCAUCGACAGACCAGCCAUGUUUCAGGCGACUGCGGGCUUGGGUGUCGCCACUGAUAUCAUCAUGAUUGCUAUUCCGAUACCUAUGGUCCUUGGGCUACAGCUAUCUGCUAAGAAGAAGGCUGCUCUUUUGUGUUUGUUUGGCAUUGGUUCCGCAACCGUCAUCACCUCUAUGGUUCGCCUCGCGCUGCUCAUUACCCAACUCGAUAAAGUCGACGUGACCUGGGGUGGUGGCCCAAUCCACACUUGGAUCCACUCAAACAGUUGCAUCGAAGCCAAUCUCCUGAUCAUGUGCGCAUGCCUAUCGACACUACGACAUUUCAUCAAGACGAUCGCUCCCCGCCUACUCUCGAGCUCGAAAGGGACUAGCACUGGCAAGUCCAAAACAGGCGUAUCAUCAGGCCACGAGCUUCGAACCAUAGGGGGCACAGGGGGGAGAUCAGCCAACCGGGGACCAUACACUCAAUUCGACGAGCCUUUCAGUACCAGUACUCGAGCUGAUGCUGCCUAUGGGUGGAACGCAGAAGGAAAGGCGGCAAGUGUAGAUGGCAAAUCAACUCAAGAUGACGGGGGGAGUGACAAGGGAAUCCUUCAGACAACGACAACACGGGUGUUCUAUGAGAAUGCUCGUGCGGUAUAA